AUGGUUGGACUGCUCGAUCUCCCGGUUGAGAUCGUACUUCUGAUUGCCGGUUCCUUGCUAUGCCACGAAGAAGUCGAGGGUAGUUUCGCCGGUCCUCAGAGCGAUUUAAACUCCCUCAUCCAGACGAACAGGCAGCUAUAUAACCUAUUCCAAGACGAACUAUACGAAUCGAACGUCAGAUAUCAUAGGCAAACAGCACUUGCAUUCGGUGCAUACCACGGCAACAGGACGAUUGUCGAAAAGACAUUGGAGGUUGACAAGUCAAAGAUCUCAUUAGCGAUACCUAGCUGGUGCUUGCCUUGCACGGUACAUACCACCCAUGAACCAGUAUGCUGGGCUGCUCAGGGUGGUCAAACUGCAAUGAUCCAGCAUCUUCUCGAUUGUGGAGCUACCUUCAAGCCCGCUUGCCUGGAACGUGGCAGAUGUGAAUGUGAAACAGGGCUUCUGGGCCAAGCGGCCAAAAAUGGUCACUUGGAAACAAUGAAAUAUCUUCUUGCGAUGGGUUUGAAAGUCGAAAGUCGAAGAGAGCUCAAGCACCAAAGACCCGAGAGACGCGGUGUCACGCCACUGCGUAUGGCGGUUGAAAACGGUCAAAAGAAUUGCAUUGACUUCAUUCUCCGCGAAGAGGGGUAUCUUGCUUUACGAGGCAAAGAAUAUGUGCAUAGAAUUGCCCUGAUUGUGGCAGGGGUUGGGUACCCGCCCGCAGAAGUGAACCACCAGUCGCUAGAUUCUGCGUUAUUCCUUUUGAAACAGAGCAAACUCACCCAGUCCUUUGACUUCUGCCGCUGCCUUGUGGACGUUGCUUCCGCGAUUUCGAAGGACCUCCCGAAACUCAGCCAGAUACUUGAGAUGCCCGGGAAUUUCGAGCUUUACGCAGAUAUGCUUCUAUAUCUGGCAGUGAUGAGUGGGCAUGUGCCCCUACUCGAUGAGAUGGUCCGACUGGGUGUCUCUGUGGAAACACGGUUCCGAGGUGGCCACACACCAAUAAGCCUGGCAGCACUGGAAGGUGGUCCAGACAUUGCAACCCGCCUUCUAGAGUUAGGUGCAGACCUGAACGUCAAAAACGACAAGGACCAGUCACCAUUCUUUUUGGCAACUCUAUCGCGAGCAUUGGGGGUCAUGGAAGUGUUCUUGCAUCACGGUGCUGAUAUCAACGCCAGCUCAACCAGAUGCGGAAUCAUCCAAACACCACUUUUUCGAGCCGUAGCCGACAUUGAACGUUCUUGCCUCAUCGGGCGAAAUAUGAGCUCACCAAGACGCGCUGGCCGGUCUUCAGCAAGCGCUGUCGUGGAGUUCUUGCUGCAGAAUGGAGCCGAUCCCAAUUUUCGUGACCCGACAUAUGGUAUGUCACCUUUCUGGCUUGCGAUUAGGGCUUGCAGCCCUUUGAACGACGAUGAAAGGAUCCGAGCAUUGAUUGAACAUGGUGCCGAUGUCCAUGUGGCGCAGAGACGCCGAUCGAUUCUGUGCGACGCCAGCAGACAUUAUAGCAUCGAUACUAUCAAGCUGCUACUCGAGAAAGGUGUUGACCCGAAUGACUAUGGCGAAGACUUCAGUGCAACAAAGACCUAUCAUCGCGGUGUACCUCUCUCACCUUUGGCGAAAUGCAUGAAAUACGGCUGGUCUGAGCAGGCAGUACUCCUCCUCGACUUUGGUGCAGAUCCUCAUGCUUUGCAUUGGAAAAAGGAGACUUGUCUGGUCAAGGCUGCCACGUUUGGGUCUUAUGCCCUUGUGGCAAAGUUGCUUGAAAAGGGUGUUGACGUGAAUGAAUCCUUCAAUGGCAAGACAGCGUUGGAUAUUGCCGUGUGGCGCCGCAAUGCAGAAUUGACGGAGUUGCUACUUCGUUGGGGAGCAAAGCCCACUGAAUCUGCAAAAGAGAGAUGUAUUGUGUCAAAAACUAAAUGCCGCAGCGAAGAAAAAGCGAAUAAAUGA